ACAUCAAGCCAAGAAGCAUAUCCCACAAAAAACAAAGAAAUAAGAAAUCAAGGAAAGCACCAGCUACACCCUGGUCUGGUCCGUCCUUUCCUGAGAAGAGGUUCUUGUGUGUUAUCAUUAGUCAUACAUAUCUCUCUCUCUCUCUCUUUUCUAAACACUCACAUAUACCUGCUCCUCAACCAUCCACACUGUAGGUCCUCAACACAGAGCCUCAGGGCGAGACACCAGCCUCUGCACGAUGCCAGCCCGUGCCAUCCACAGCCUCCUCCUCGUCCUCCCAUUCUGCGCAGACCUUGGGCUGGCAUCCUACUUCUUGGAAUGCCCCACGGUGUGCAAAUGCCUGGGUCCAGUGGUCAUUUGCAAAGGGGGUACGAUCCCCCCCAUCGGCCCGCAGUCCACGCAGCUCAGCUUCGACUCAGCCGACCCUCCCAUCACAGUGUUCAGCACGAGCUUUGCCCAACACAUGGACCAUCUUGUAACCCUAAAGCUGUCUUCUGUGGGGAUGACAAAAUUUGAAUCUGGUGCCCUGGGUCGGAUCCCCCGACUCACCACCCUCAACAUCACGCGCAAUAACAUUACGGCCCUACGCCUGGGGACCUUCGAGAACUGCAGUCGCCUGUCUUCCCUGAGCUUGGAAAAUAACAAUAUACAGGUGAUUGAGAAUGGGACUUUUAUGCCCCUGACAUCCCUAGUGAACCUCAGCCUAGCCCAGAAUGCCCUCACCUUCCUCCCAGGUCAGCUGCCAGGUCAACUGCACUUGCUUGACCUCAAUUUCAACAAGAUAGCUGCUAUCCCAAGCCUAGCAUUGGAGAGGCUGAUCACACUCAACCUUUGUCACAACGUCAUUUCGAAAGUCACUCAAAACCAGGCUGGAAUGCAGAGGCUGAGGAACCUCUGUCUUGGAGGAUCAAACUUCACAGUGACCGAACGUUUGGUCAACACCAAAAACUUUCCUAUGCUUGAGAGCCUAAAGCUUCAGGGAGGUGAUUCUGGGGUGAAGAUCACACCUCAAGCAGGAGCCAAUAUCAAGGGGAUGGCUUCCUUACGUACUUUGGAGCUCGACUCAUGCAUUCUCAGCGACUUCCAGCUCUUCAACCAGCCGAACAGCAGCCUAGAAAACCUCCGCGUCUCCAACCUGAAGAUUAAAGGCAAGGCCAGUGUUCGGUCCCGACUCGCUCUCCCAUCUGUGCAUGUCUUUGAUGUAUCCGGUUCCCCCAUCCUCGCAAAUUUCUUCCUGACCUCUCCUGCACGAGAGGGCUUUGUCCUCACUGAACUCACUACUCUCAAGAUGUCCCGCUGCAACAUCAAGACCUUUGACAAGUCUGUGCUCCUCGCUAAGGCCCCCAACAUCAUGAGGCUGGACCUCAGCCACAACCCUCUCGAGUGCACCUGCUACGGCCUUUCCUGGAUUCCCCAUUACGUGAGGGAGGACAAGCUCAGCCUGGAAGGAGAGGAGAACACAACGUGUGCCUCGCCUGAACACCUUGCUGGUCUUCCCUUGCUAACGGCUACCCUGUGCCCCAUCGAUCCCAGCAAGGAAACAUCAACUACAUCCUCCACAACGCCUGCCAAACAAAUUCCUACAAUUCUAACAUCGAGCACCACAGAGCCAAGAAACGUGACUUUAAUGAACAAGCAAUCUCCUGAUACCACCACUGCUUUGCCACUAACAACAAAGGCUAGACCAACCACCAUGCAACAUACAACUGAAGCAACAGAAACCUCAACACUGCUGGGUGAAAUAUCAGUCAACAUCUCCGGGAUUGGGCGCUCAGGAUCUCCUCCCGGCUCAGUGUCCGUCGACGCGGGCACCCUAGAGAGCCAAGCGGCCCCAAAGAUUCGCCCCCCCUUGGCCUGGCUUGGAAUAGCAGCUGGUACCCUUUUGCUAUUAAUUUUAGUGGUGGUGGCUGUUGGCGCAGUGGUCAGGAAUUCCCGCAACCGCCACUUGGCCAUCAGCCACAGGAGGAUCGACAGCCGGGACAACAUGGUUGCGAUGGCUCAGAUCUGCCGGUCGCAGGACCAGCUCCUCUGAGCCAGACAGCAUCCCAGCAUGGAGACAGAGGAUGUACUCAACCCCAAUGAUGUCUGCGGAACUGUACUCUUUAGCAUACUUCUGACCUUGUCCGUGUCGCUUUUGUGUGUGGCAUAUCAGUAACGUACUUUUUAUUUUAAAAAAUACAUAUGCAUAAAAGCAAUAUAUUUUCCCUUAUAAUUAUAUCCACAGUCAUUAUAACGAAUGAGUGAAGAGAGAAAAAAAUAUCUUUUUUACAAACACUUAAUCACUAUGUUAUAGUCACUAUAUUAUAAGAAAAUGUCUCUAAUAUCUAGACACAGAAUCUUUUAAAUCACAUGUACAUUUUUUUUUUUUUUUUUUUUU